AUGGAUCCUGCCGAUGCGGCGGCUACGUAUUUAACUCUCACCCUUGAGAAAAUGGGUGUCCCCUGCAAAGUUAUCAAUACACCUGAAAAGGGAAAACAUGUUGUCGCCACCGCCGAUAUACCAGCACAGACUGAUCUGUUUGAAGAGACACCCAUUGUGUCAUGGCCGGCACAGGGGUAUUUGGCUCUUGACAUUCCUUUCUGUUCACAUUGUCUUAGACAACAAGGCAGGAAAAGUGAAACAGACGAGAAGAAAGAAGAAGAAGAAGCGUGGCACAAAUGUGGUUGCGGUUCAAUGUUUUGCUCAGAGACUUGUGAAUCGACCAGCAAAAUUGCUCACUGCAUUUUGUGCAAUAAUCUUCGGAAACUUCGUGAAGACGAUGAUAAUAAGUCUCUUGCCGCAGAGAAUAAGAACUCUAAUAAACCCAUCACAAAAGAGUCAUUGGCACGCUGUGUUGCUUGGAUUAUAGCCCGUAUUGCCUCAACCAUUAAACAUCAAAAGUUUAGUGGUAAAAUGUUAGAGGAAGAUCAUAAAAAACAGUCUGAAACCAUUUCCAGACAGAUUUUUCAAUUGGCAACUGCACCUUUUAACCGUCUUAUUGACACUCCAAAAGGUACUAUAUUCAGUGAUGUGGAUGCUGUUGCCUGGUAUAGUGAGAUAGAUUAUUUGUUACGAGAACCUUGCCUUACCACACUUUUGGAGGCAACGGUGGAACCACCAUGUGAAAAUAAUGAUUGGGCAAAAGAAAUUGUUGAUGCGUUACUACGACGUGAUACUCUUGAAACAUUACUGGGUCAGAUGACUCUUAACUCACAGGCAGUUAAUGGUUUGGUCUUCUCUCGUCCUGCUGAAGAAAAGUCUUCUGCAUCCACUUUACCUGUUGAAUGGGUUCUGAAAGGUGGCGGUAUGUAUACCUUGCAAUCUGCAUUUAACCAUUCAUGUUUACCCAAUGUAGUUGUGACGGCAGUAGAUGGUACGCAUGAUAUUGUGCUUCGUACACUUCGCCCUAUACAAAAUGGGGAAGAACUCACCAUCACGUAUAUUCCACUUGAGAACACACGAGAGAAGCGUCAUGAACUUUUAAAGGGGUACUUCUUCACAUGUUGCUGCCAAAGAUGUGAAGAUGAAAAAAAGACGGAAUAA